UGGGACGUGGAAGAAACUAUUAAUUGUCUGAUCUUUUUGACUCUUUUUCUGAGAUUUUCUUUCGUGCAACCAGCAACCUGUUUGUUUAUUUUGUGGGGUAACGAGGCGGUCUCGCUUUUUUUGUGCUUUUACAACGCACCUAUCCUCGAUGCGACGCUCAGCUCCGCAUGCCGCUCCAAUAAUAACAUGAAAUUUGAUCAGCAACAUCGCAACAGUUGCAAACUGCAAUUUGUAGCCUUGCCAAAUUUGUUUAAAGAUCAGAAGGUUUUGUUUGGACAGCCUGAGGUUGUGUUUUGAAUCUGUUUUCCGAAUCAGCGGCGAUUACGAGGAAACAACGCAUUAAACUUUCAUGCAUUCCUGCAGCUAAACAUCCCAUUGCGAUAAUUACGCCCGUGAGGAGGCGAACCAGCUGGGGAAUGGAUGAUCCAGCUGCGGAUUGAUUUUUGACUGCAUUUUUGAUCGUGCCGGAUGCGAGCGUCGCUGUUUUCCGGUUCGGAUUACAUUGGCAUCCGUCCAGCUCACCGUAACUUGCCGUGUGAUUUCUAAUUUUUUUUUACAAAAUGCCACCGAGAGGAUUUAUUACCCAGCUAGCCAGAAGAACACUUUUUGCCAGUGAGGCUGUGAAUCGUCCCGAUGCAUUUCAUCCGUCCCUGUUAUCGUCUGCUGUAAGGAGAUGUUGGCGUAGCGAUAGCCAUCGCUCUGGGCUCCACACCUCAUCGGCCUUGUUUGUGCCGCGGUGGCGCACAGCCUUGAUAACUCUGCGGGGUGAAGACCAUAAAGUGGAUGCGGAGGAAGCCCGCAAUUUUGUCUUCCUUCUGGAACCGCCUGAACGGGAACUGAUACUGAAAGAACUCAUGUCGUUCCAAGAAGAGCCAGGUGAUCCCCUUCCUCCUACACCUGCCCAGCUGCGACACUUGGCCAUGUUCUGUGCCUUACCCUUCAUCGGAUUUGGUUUUCUGGAUAAUUUACUCAUGAUCAUCGCCGGUGCCUACAUAGAAAUAGGAAUUGGAGCUGUUUUUACCAUUUCUACCAUGGCCGCUGCUGGACUGGGAAAUGCCGUUUCGGAUGUUGCUGGAAUAUGGUCCGCUGGUUAUAUUGAACAUUUUGUCCGAAAAUUCGGUGUUACACCGCCAAGUUUGACGCCUAAACAGACUGGGAUGGGAAGGACGCGCUGGGCGAUGAAUGUGGGACGUGCCGUUGGUAUAACGGUCGGUUGUAUUCUCGGAAUGUUUCCUCUGUUGAUUUAUGAUUUUGAUACGAAGGACGACAAGGAGGAUAAGUCACACAAGAAAGAAAAAUGAAGGGUUUUUAUUGAUUUUUUUCGUAGUAAAAGGUUGUAAAAAUGCGUUUGUUGAUUUUAUUUUUCUGUUGAAGUUGUGAAGUUUACUUGAAAGGCAGCUGCUGUUUCAUAUUUUUAGGUCAUGUUAUUUUUAUUUCAUGUACAGGAGGAUUUACGUACCGGUUUUGUUUUUCUGUCGAAAGUAUUAUUGUGUAAUAAAUGCUGUACUUGUACAACGCCAGAAGUC